CUUGUAAUAUUUCUGAACAGUGAACAUGUUGAUGUUCAUUCAUAAAUUAAAAUGUUACUGUAUAUGAAUUUAAUAUAUUAAAUGUUGUAGUUAAAAGUUAAAUGUAUUGUAGGAAAUAAACAUGGAUAUGUCUGAAGUUAAAGCAUUCAACGCGGAGUUAUCCGCGUUGUACGAAAAUAAGCCUCCUAUAUCAAAGGCGAAAAUGAGUGCUAUAACUAGAGGUGCUAUCAAAGCCAUAAAGUUUUAUAAGCACGUUGUACACAGUGUCGAAAAAUUUAUCCAAAAGUGCAAACCAGAAUAUAAAGUUCCGGGCUUGUAUGUGAUAGAUUCAAUUGUAAGACAGUCGAGGCACCAGUUUGGGCAAGAUAAAGAUGUGUUCGCCCCCAGAUUUGCUAAAAAUAUGCAGCAAACUUUUGCUAACUUGUUUAGAUGCCCACCAGAAGACAAGCGCAACAUAAUUCGUGUGCUGAAUCUAUGGCAGAAGAAUCAUGUGUUUAGUUCAGAAGUAAUUCAGCCACUGUUGGAUAUGGCAGAUCCUAAUCAUCCAUUACAUCAGGAAAUACAGCAGCAACAGAAUAAUACAAAUGGGAGUCUGCUUAAUGUGACACACAACACAACAGACAGUAAGCUAUCACCAGCUGCUGCACAACACACUCCUCAUGCGUCUACACCAAUGGGUGACCAGUUUCAAGAUCAAUCUUCAGGGCCUCCGCCAGCUAAGUUUAACAGGAAAUUAUUGAAUGAUUUUGAGUAUGAAAGUGGAGACGACUCUCCAGGCAUGGAACAUUCGCCUCCAUCACACUCACACAAUCAGAGCAGCCACACACACUCUCAGUCACACAACUCGUACUCAACGAAUACACACACACAAUCCCAAUCACAUAUUAACACACACAAUAUGCAAAAUAACCAAAAUACUCAGUCAAUGAAUAAUCCCGCUGAUGCUCUUGGAAGUAUUUUAACGAAUCCAGAAAUAAUGAGACAGCUCCAGAGUCUGCAAGCACAAAUGCAACUUGUUACUGGAAUGCAAAUACCUAAUCUGAUGCCAAUGAUGACAGACAUGCAGCAGAUGCAGCAAAAUCAAAACCAAAAUGUUCCAUUUCUUAGUUCCCAGAACGACCAACAAAAGCAAAUGGAAUCGAAAGAAGAUUUAGCAAAUGAGUCCGAUAUAGAAUUUGUGGAUGCCGGUCCUCAAGUUAUUGAGAUACCCGACGCUAAUGAUUCUAGGAGUCCGUCGCCGAAGUCAAGGCGGCGAGGUUCAAGGUCUCCGCGCAGACGCUCUCGACGAUCCAGGUCGAGGUCACGCUCCCCGCGCCGCCGCCGCGACCGGGAGAGGGACAGAGAUAGAGACAGAGAAAAAGAAAAAGAAAAGAGUUACAAGGACAGAGAAGCUGAAAAGGAGAAGCAGAGGGAAAGAGAGAAGAAAGGGCUCCCACCAAUCAAAAAGGAGAAUUUAAGUGUGUGCAGUACAACGCUAUGGGUGGGACACCUAUCAAAGCUAGCGACCCAAGAAGAGCUGUCCGACCUGUUCGGUGGUUUUGGUGGAUUGGUGUCUGUAGACCUGGUGCCACCGCGGGGCUGCGCUUUCGUGGUGAUGGAACGUCGCCGUGACGCCGCUCGGGCCAAGCAGAAGCUCGACCGACAUAAGCUGCACUCCAAGGAGAUCACUGUGGCGUGGGCGGCGGGGAAGGGUGUGAAGGGUCGCGAGUGGAAGGACUACUGGGAGGCGGAGUUGGGCGUGGCUUACCUGCCUUGGAGCGCCUUGCACGCGCGCUGGACCAUGGGAGCGCUGUCUUUGGACGCCCUGGAGGAGGGCGGCGCCGUCGACGAAGACACGCUGCCGCCUUGGCUGCCACCCAGGAUUAUACCCAAAACUAUCCAAGAGAUGCCGAUAAUCGGCAACAUUCCGCCAGUUUCAACAGGCAUGAUGAUGCCAGUAAUGCCCAACAUGCCACCCGGCAUGCCCAACAUGCCACCUGGCAUGCCCAAUAUGCCUAAUAUACCCAACAUGCCCAAUUUAUCUAACAUGACCAAUAUCCCCAACAUGCCCAAUUUACCCAACCUCUCCAACUUACCCAAUCUCUCAAACAUACCCAACUUAUCCAACCUGUCAAACUUACCCAAUCUAUCCAACUUACCCAAUAUAGCAACGUUGCCUCAAACCAGCAUAGCAAUGUCGGGACCGCCGCCGGCUUCAAUACCUUUGCCUGUGCCUAGGAUGCCUCCACCAGGCAUACCAGGAUCAUUGCCCGGACUACCGCCAGGAAUGAGACCACCUUUACCAGGUAUGGUGGGAGGGUUCCUGAGCGGGCUAAUGGGGAUGGGCGUGAAUGUCGGCGGGCUCGUGUUGCCCAUGGCGCACGCGCCACAACCGCAACCGCAGCCGCAGAUACAGCAGUCGCAUAACAAUGAGGCGACGAUUGGAGGUUUAGGUGGCGGCGGGUCGGUGAGCGAUGACGCCAUGGAGUUAGACACUGAAGACGCCCCGCCCGCCGACAGUAUGCCUGAUCAGUUGCAAGCGAUGAUGUCAAAGCCGCCGCCGAACUUCAACAGUUCUGAGCCGCCGCCCGGCUUCAACUUGGAGAAGUUCGACUCGUCGCAGCCGCCGCCCGAGGACCGCCGAGACGAGCGAGAAAGAGACAGGGAUAGGGACCGCGACAGGCGCGACAGAGACCGGGAUAGACGCGACCGAGAUCGGCCCGAUCGCAGUGAACGGACAGAUCGCACUGACCGCCCCGAGCGGACAGAUCGCACCGACAGAGCUGACCGCCCUGAUCGUGCCGACAGGAGGGACCGGGAUAGGCGAGAACCACGCGACCGGGACAGGGAUAGGCGCGACAGGGACAGAGAUAGGGGCGAACGAGAUGAGCGGCGGGAUCGUGACAGAGACAGAGAUCGCGAUCGUGGUCGGGACCGCCGCGAUAGGGACAGGGAGCGAGACAGAAACACCAACAGUGUACAAAAUGUUAACAGUGAACGCCAUAAAGAUAAGUCUCCGCGGCGCAACGAGAAGAGUCUACAAGAGCGGCUGUGGGAAAUGGCCAACGGCAACGAGAGCUCGCAGAAACAAGAACAGCAGCAAGAGACGCCCAACCAGCCCGAGCAACAGCAGCAGCAGCAACCAUCCGAGACAAACACUGUUGAUAUUUCAGGUUCAGAAGGAGGAGCGGCACCGGCGGAGGUGACCAACGCUGAGGGUGAGGGCGGCUGGAGUCAGCUGCCGCCGCCGCUACAGGCGCCACCUAUGUUCCGAGCGGAGCUCAGAAUGCGCGGUCCACCGCCAGGAAUCAGGCUGCCAAUAAGAGGACCUUGGAUGGACCAAGGGCCACCAGGCUUUGGGCCGAGGUUUAACGGUAUGGGACCUCCUCCAUUUAAUAGACCGCCAUUCGAUAGGCCGCCGUUUGAUGGGCCGCCCAUGUUUGAUCGUCCACCUAUGAAUAGAAUGCCUUUUGAUGGAUCAAGACCACCGUUCGAUGGAUCAAGACCAGCUUUUGAUGGAUCAAGACCACCUUUUGAUGGACCAAGACCACCAUUCGAUGGACUAAGACCACCGUUCGAUGGACCAAGACCACCGUUUGAUGGACCAAGACCACCAUUUGAUGGAUCGAGACCUCCUUUUGACGGGAAGCGGCCACCAUUUGAUGGUCCUAGACCUCCAUUUGAUGGACAAAGGCCCCCAUUCGAUGGGCAACGCCCUCCUUUUGAUGGACCAAGGCCAAACUUUGAUGGUCCUAGACCACCAUUUGAUGGCUCCAGAUCAAGACCUCCAUUUGACGGUCCCAGACCGCCGUUUGAUGGUCCACGUCCGUCAAUGGAAGGUCUUAGACCAUCCUUCAAUGGCUCUAGGCCGCCUUUCGACGGUUCUAGACAAUUUGAUUACGACGAUAAUAGAUUUGACGGCCCACCAGAAUUCUUUGACCGUAACAGGAGAUUUGAAGAGAGGGACUCAUACGAUAGAAAUUGGAGAGAACGGGAUAGAAGAAACGAGUGGGAUGAUAGGAGAAGAGAUAGAAGGAGCGGAGAUGAUGACCGAUUCAGGGAUAGAAAUGAUAGAAGAAGACAAGAUGAUAAAGGACAGCAAGACGAUAAGGGAAGCGAAGAAGAUAAAUCUAGACAAGAAGAUAAAGAAAAGAUUGAAGAUGCAGACAAACAAGAAGAUAAGGGAAGGAAUGAUGACAAAAACAAACAACGGGAUGAAAGAAGCACAAGAAGGGAUAAAGAUAGAAAAUCUCGAUGGGGUGUCGCCGACAACACUGUCGAGACAACUGAAGAACAAGCUCGGGAGCAAAUUGAUAAUCUUAAUAAAGUGGAAACUAGUCACGACACUACAAUGGAGUUUGGCCACAGUGAAACUGUUGCCGAAACUGACCGCAGCGAGGCUGCUCAGAAUAUCGAGGAUAUUCCUGAAGCAAAUGAUGAUACAAACAAGAAUAGAGAUAUCAGUGAGUUCAACUUUUUAACAAGUAAAGACGAUACACUCAGAGAACAGCAACAGUUGGAUCAGUCACAUAAAGAGGAGCAAAAGUUUGAACAGACAAACUUAAUAGAGCCAUACUUAGAACAAAAAUGCAUAGGUGAGCUACAGUUGGACCAGAACGAAGAGCAACAGAUAGACCAGUCACAAAUAGACCAAAUUCGUAAUGAAUCAUGCCAGACUCAUCCACAGACGAACGAAACAGAACCAGUUAACACUGAAGCCGAAGAAAAAAAUUUGCAGGCCGUCAUACCAGAACUGUAUGACGCUAAUGUCGCAAUAGAUACAAGUUUCGGGAAGGCAACAGAAGUGCCGUCGCCAAAGACGGCCGCUCUAGAAGAACAAACCGACGAGAUCUUCAAUGAGGUGAAACCAAUUGAGGAGAAAAAGGGUGUCUGACAUCGGCGAAUCAAAUUCGGGUACUUCCAGUGGAACUGAUUCGGGUGACGUCAUAAGCCGGGGGUUUGCCAAGGGUCAGUGAGCAUUAUUACGCUAUAAAGUCGCACAAACUCAUAGAGGCGAUAAGGGCGGUUGUUGAUACAGAUUUAUAACGCCAAAGAUUUUAUACAAUAUACGUUUGAAAUAAAGCGAGUGCCUUAUUACUUACAUAUAGUGUUGCGGCGGAAGAGGAGACUCGCCUCGGCGCUCAAGUCGAGUGACCCGGGCCAGGUACGGUUAUACAUACAUACAAACAUACACACGCUUGUCUAAAACAAUUUUUUGUUUACCGAAAUCGAAUUAAUAUACGAUGCUUCAUCACGGAGCUAGUCCGCACAGGCGAAGUUGGAAGCAUAAGUUAAUAAUUUGGGAAUUGUUUUCGGCGAGCGUUAUUUGGACUGUUGCGUCGGAAUGGUGUUUAUGAAAUGUACAAAUUGUAUUUAAUAUAUUAUCGUUGUUUGAUACUAGAAACGCACCUUGCUUGUUUUGGAUUAAUUCUAAGAGAUUUUCAAAAGGUUGAGGAUAAUUUUAUCGAUUGUUGAAAGUAAGGUGUGUUUACAUUGAACAAAGUUGCGCUGAUAAAUAAUAGAAAUAUGUCGAGUUUAUGUUCUGUAUAGAUUGUGUUUAUUUGAAUGCUAUUAUUUAAAGGCGCGUAUUUGAGAUCCAUUCUGACGUGACAUGUCUAUUGGCAGUGUGUGCAAAGGCCCCGGCGACGACUUCUACGAACUGUUACCCGAAUCGGCACUGGAAUUACAAGAAUAUGAAGAAAACGCCCGGAUUGGAUUAUAUGAAUUAUCACAAUAAGAUAAAAUAAUCACGCUUAGUGUAAAUUCAAGGCGCUUUAUAAGAUUCGUCCCUACUUUGUCUAGGCAAGUUUGUUUAUAAUCGAUCAAUUUAUCGAUAUUAACUUUUGGUUUCUUUUUUUUUUCUAUUUUGGUGAAGGUAGGCGAAUUCUUUUAUAAUUUUAGUCUUGUAGUACUAACAAAACAGUGUAGUUUAUUUCAAGUGUUAGAUGUAACUCUUUAUUUUUUGAGUAUUGAUAAACGUUGUAUAAUAAUUAUAAUAUAUCAAUAGGAAUAGGUUUUUUCGAUAAUGCAAUAGACGACGUAGCUAAUGAAUAAACCUUAAGGAUUGUCAUAUUAAUUGUGCUUAAAUAAAUAUUAUUGAAAUAUGA